AUGAUGGAUAAAAGUUGGAUUUUCCAAAAGAAUAGAUUAUCAGUGGAGUAUUUUGAUGGACUUAAGAGUUUUAUUAAGUUAUCAACUUUGCAUUUAAAUGGUGAAAAUAAGAUUCGAUGUCCAUGUGUUUCAUGUAUGAACUUAUAUUAUCAUGACUUAGAGACAAUUGAGCGUCAUAUAUUCGUAAAAGGAUUUUAUACCAAAUAUGUUAUGUGGGAGUUUCACGGGGAAGAUAUCACAAAAGUAAAGGAAGAUCAAGAAGAAGUAGAAUCAAACAGUGAAGAAGACAUACCAUAUGACAGUGAUGAUAAUGAAGACAAUGACGAUAUGAGACCAGCAUUAGAAGAUUUAGCUAGUCAAUAUCAUAGGAAGAGUGAUUUUGUGAACCUUGGAGAUUCAAAUGAGCACAAUGAUGAAAGGAAUACAUUGCCUGACUUAUUUGCAGAAGCAGAAAAGGAGUUAUACUUUGGAUGUACAACGUUCUCAAUCUUAACAUUUAUUGUUAAUCUAAUGCACAUUAAAGUGAUGUGUGGUUGGAGCAACAAAUCAUUUGAUUUGUUGCUCGACUUACUUUCGAAAGCAUUUCCCAAAGACAAUAAAAUUCCACGAUCUUAUUAUGACGCUAAGAAAAUGUUACGUGAUCUUGGUUUAGGGUACGAAACAAUUCAUGUAUGUGAGUAUGAUUGUGCUUUAAUUUGGAAAGAGAAUAAAAAUGUUGAAAGAUGUCCUAUAUGUGGUCAUGAACGAUACAAAUUCCAAGGAACUAAAGGCAAGAAGAUCCCACACAAAAAGAUGCAAUAUUUUUCUAUAACUCCACAACUACAGAGACUUUUUAUGUCACGCCAUACAUCAUCUGAUAUGAGGUGGCAUAAGGAAGAACGUGUUGAUACAGAAGGUGUACUUAGACACCCGGCAGAUGCAGAGGUUUGGAAGGAUUUUUAUAGACAAUAUCCAGAUUUUGCAAAAGAAUCUAGAAAUGUAAGGUUUGGAUUUGCAACAGAUGGGUUCAAUCCAUUCGGUGAUUUAUCAAACUCGUACAGUAUGUGGCCAGUGUUACUAAUGACAUAUAACAUGCCACCAUGGAGAUGCAUGAAACGAGAAUUCUUAAUGAUGGCAUUAUUGAUUCCGGGACGUCGUGCUCUAGGAAAAGACAUAGAUGUCUAUUUACAACCUCUGAUUGAUGAGCUGAAAGAACUAUGGGAAAAUGGUGUACGUACUUUUGAUAUUAUUGAUAAAGAAUAUUUUACAAUGCGUGCAGCAAUAUUGCGGACGAUCCAUGAUGUUCCAGCAUAUGGUACUAUAUCUGGGUUUAGCACUCAAGGUUAUAAAGCUUGUUCUGUUUGUGAAGAUGGCACAUCUUAA